AUGGACGAGGACGACGAAACGAAGGAGGAGGACCCCGUCGUGCGCGAGAUCGAAGUACAUUUGGCGGACUGGGGCGACCCGACGGACGACGCGCCGCGGCCCGGCCUGGCGCUGCUCCAGUACCCGAUCCGCGCGCGCGAGCGCGGGCCCGAGCCCUUCGACGCCGCGCGGAUUAAAGUAAGACACGAGCUGCUCGAGGUGGACGUCCCGGCGACGAAGAGCGGCCGGCACGUCGACGAGCGCGCGCCCGAGCGCAUGCGGUUCGACAAGCGGACGCUCGCGGCGACGACGGUGGCGCCCGAGACGAACUACGCCGUCGGCGCGCUGCGCGACGGCAUUUUACAAAUUGCGCCGCUCGCGACGACGUAUCAGAUGCGGCCGUCGUUCGCCUACGUCGACGCGGCCGACGAGGCCGACGCGCCGGCGCCCGCGCCGGCGUCGGCGCGCGACGCCCCCAAGCUGCAGGCCGCCUCGGUCAAGCGCGUGCCCUCGACGCGCGACCAGUCGCACGCCCGCGGUAGCUACGCGCAACGCCGGCAGGAGCAGGAGGCCGAGCCGUGGCUCAAGCUCGAGGUGCGCCAGAAGGACGAGGAGCCGUCGCGGGCCAAGCGCAAGAAGCUGGAGCCAACCGGCUCUUAG